AUGAGCUCCAUAAUUGUACUCCGUAAUGUACGCACGUUUGCACAGCUGCUACCGAGCGAGCAAGGCGUCCUCGCUUCGACAUACACCGAGGAACCAGGCGAACAAGCCACAAACCCUGUGGCCAUGCCUCUGGUGACGCCACCGGGACAUGAUCCCCGGCAGUCGUUGGUCCCGUCUCAAAGUUCAACAGGCCGUCUCGCAUAUCACCGCGAACAAGCAAUCUAUGCAGUGCUUUGA